GCGUCGCGAUCGUAGUAGAAUUAAAAUAAUUUAUUCGAUCACUCCGUGGAGCGAAAAGACAAUUGAAAGAUUGUUUCCAAACUAUAGCAAGAGUGAAAUAAAACAAUAAACUAGUGACUAAAAUCAGUUUAUAUAGAAGGUUACCAGGUGGAUUGAUACCCCUUGUGAUGCGCGACCGGUUUUUAAUCCAAGUGAAAAGAUUAUAGCGUCCCAAGUGAACCGAGAACUAAUAUUGUCAUAGUUUGAGGUUAAAACCGCGCGAAGCGCGUCUCUCGACGAUUCGACCCGGUGGAAAUUAGUGACAAAACAAAACUGUUGAGUUCCGCGUCUGAAAUUGAUCCGACUCCUUGUUAUCUCCGUAUAAUUUAAACGAUGAAAGAGGUUAUGUAAAGAUUCAAGCAACAACCGUCCUCAUCCCCUGUAAUGCGAGCCGCGAAUUGUCGCAGGAGGUUCUGACCCUCGUUGUGCGGCAUCUUCGUGGUAUGGUUCUCUACUGUUUUUUGCUAAGGAGAAGCUAAUUGUUAUGGCAGACCAGGAUUACGAUAUGGGCCCUGCCACGGAGAUGAUGGUUAAUGAUUUUGACGACGAAAGAACACUUGACGAAGAAGAGGCUCUAGAGGGCAGCGAAGACUCUCAUAACGAAUUAUCUAACUUACAAAAGGAAGGAGACAUGCCGUUGAAGGAUUUACUCGCCAUGUACGGAUACGGAGAUCCGUCAACGGAGAAUUCCAACAGUUCGGAUCGCAUGAUCUUACCGACAGCAGGCUGCGAUGACGAGGUCGACGCACAGUCCUCGGACAAAGGAGACGUCGACGAAGAUGCAGAUGUGGACGCAGAUGCGGACGAUGACGAGGAAGACGCGGACCCAACUGGCAACGAACCGGACCUGAAGCAGUUUUAUACGGAAAUGGUGAAAGCCGAAGAGGCUGGCACCAUAGACAGAGAAAGCAUCGGGGGCAGUGGAUCGUCGAGGCUUCUACGAAGUGUUUCGCGUCCUCAGAGCGAAGAAGAAGAGGAUGACUGCGAUUACAGUCCUGACGAGGACGAGUGGAAAAAAACAAUAAUGGUCGGGAGCGACUACCAGGCUGCGAUACCCGAAGGCCUCUGUCGCUACGACGACGCUCUGCCCUACGAAAACGAAGAUAAAAUGUUAUGGGACCCGAGCCAUAUACCGGAGGAAGAGACCGAGGAGUUUUUGGAACGCGCUCAACUGUCGGCUGUCAAGGGAAGUUCAAUACCGGCUGGCUCGCACGUAAGAGACGACGAACAGGCUCUGUAUCUACUUUUACAAUGCGGAUACAACUUGGAAGAGGCUCUGCGAAGGCGCAGAAUGAACGUUGUUCCCUCUACGGAUGCCGUCAGUUUGUGGUCGGAGGAAGAAUGCCACAACUUUGAAACCGGACUCCGUACUCACGGAAAGGACUUUCACCGCAUUCAAAAGUAUAAGGUGAGAACGAGAUCGGUGGGAGAACUGGUACAAUUUUAUUAUCUAUGGAAAAAGACAGAAAGGCAUGACAUUUUCACCUACAAGGCGCGCAUAGACAAGAAGAAGUAUUCUCUCCACCCCGGCAUCACCAGGGACUAUAUGGACCGGUUCCUGGAGGAGCAAGAGGGUGUUCGAGACCGUAGCAGUUCGCCGAACAAUCACUGUUUGCACAGCGCAGACGGUGGUAAGCGACAUCAGAGAUCGAGUAUAAGCUCGGCGAUAAACGAAACUGACACGAAGCAUAUAGAUUCGUGGUCGACCAGCAGAGGUGUGGAUCCGCUGGCAGAUACGAACACUACUUCGUCGCAGCCAGCGGCAGUAAAUUCCCUGACGAAUUCCUCCGGCACGCUCCGUCACAUCGAGUACACUUCCCACGUUAUUCACGAAGGACCUGCCGAAGGAAGCACCUCGCUAUGGGCGUCGAGACAACAUUCUAAUAACCAGGAUGGUACCGUAGUGGAAAGCAACGAGCCCUCCUCUCCUGAAAUAAUUUUACCCCAUCUGCCGCCUUAGCGUACGUUUAUUCGAGAUCGGUUUUUAUCGCCAAUCAUUAUUAUUAUUAUUGUUGUAGACAUAAGGAGCGUGAGAGAAAGAGAGAAA